GACGCGGCUUCAGGAAUCCAUGACUCUCUGCCUCUUUCUUUCAGCAAUCCGCUCUCUGCCUCUCUCGUAGACUCCAUGACUCCAUCUCUCUCUUCUUCAUCCAAACCCACAAUUUCAGAGUGAGAGAAUCUGAGCUGGGAUUGGGUUCUGAAGUGCUUAUUGGGAUUUGGGUUUGGUGACCGCGCUCUGCUUCUUCUUCUUCUACUUGUGUUUCUAUUGACUCGGAUUGAUCACCGACUCACUGUCCCACCGAGUCCAUUCAUCAAAUCGGGAUUUUGGAACCAUAAGAUGGGCAAGAAGAGUAAAUCUAAGCCUCCUAAAGAGGUUAAAGAAGACAGUGUUGUAGAAAAGACUGUUGUGGAAGAAGAGAAACCUACAUCUUCUGCAAAAAAGACCACUACUGCAAAGAAGCCUGCUUCUGUGAUUGAUGAGAUAUUCGCCGGGAAAAAGAGGAAGAAAGCUGAAGCCGAAAAGGCUAAAAAGAAAAAUGAAGAGGCGAGUGAAAAACCCAACAAGCCUAAGAGAAAGAAGAAGAAAGAUUUAGGCUUUGAAGACGGUGCAUUUGUGGAGCCAAAUUCUGGGUCAAAAAAGAGAACAAACGAUGGCCUUGCUAUCUAUACAGAAGAAGAGUUGGGUAUCAACAAAGCAGAUGCUGGAAGCACCCCUCUUUGUCCAUUUGAUUGCUCUUGUUGCUUCUGAGGCUCCUUACUAGUCACAACUCACGGAGGAUUUGUAUGCGUAGAGAUUUUGUUGUUUCGAUUUGAGGAUAGCUGAGUGUACUUAGGUGUGGUUUUGAUGUACUCUAGAACCUGAUUACAUGAAUCAUGAUCAGUUUGAAUCAGUGUAACUUAUGAAUCAAAAUCCUUUGGUUUCUCUUUAUGAUUAAUUUAGAAUUAUACUCAUUUGCCUGCA